AUGGCGACGUCCUUUAAAAGAGAACAUGAAAGAGAAUCAACUUCCAGCAAAUCACUUACGGAUAAAAGAACGAAAACUGCGGACGAAGACAUCCAGCAGCUGAUUGGUCAUCUAGAAGAACUUCCCCCUCGGUCAGAGGGGAGCGCCGCUUUGAAGCAGGAGACUCCACAGCCACCUCACAUUAAAAAGGAAGAGGAGGAACUCUGCAUCACUCAGGAGGGAGAGUGUCUUCUCGGACCACAGGAAGCUGAUCUCACCAAGUUGCCACUGACUAUUGUUUCUGUGAAGAUUGAAGAUGAAGAGAAACCACAAGCGAACAACCUUUUAGCUCCACUAUCAGAUAGUGAGGUUGAAGACGGGGUCGAAGUAACUUUGAGCAGCGAUACAGACUCUAAAGGUGAUAUAGAGACUGACCGCAAAUACUCUGACUCUUCGAAAAAGAAGCAAGGUAAAAAUUGUUUGACGCGCUCAGUUUGUUCGAAAACCUUUAGUAGAAAGAGCAAUUUGACUCAACACAUGAAAACACACAUAGGACAAAAAGCAUUUGAUUGUUCAGUUUGCGAUAAAAGCUUCUCCCAAAAGAGCAAUCUGACCGAUCACAUGAGAACACACACAGGAGAAAAACCCUUUAUUUGUUCAGUUUGUGCUAAAAGCUUUACUAUAAAAAAUAAUUUGACUCAACACAUGAGAACACACACGGGAGAAAAACCAUUUACCUGUUCAGUUUGUGGUAAGAGCUUUUCUCAAAAAAAUAAUUUGACUCAACACACGAGAACACACACGGGAGAAAAACAAUUCCAUUGCUUAGUUUGUGGUAAAAGCUUUACUAAAAAGUGCCAUUUGACUCAACACACGGGUACACACACUGGACUAAAACCAUUCAGUUGCUCAGUUUGUGGUAAAAGCUUUUCUCGUAACGGCGAUUUGACUCAACACACGAGAACGCACACAGGUGAAAAACCACUGAAUUGUGUAGUUUGUAGUAAAAGUUUUUCUCGGAACAGCGAUUUGACUCAACACAUGAGAACGCACACAGGAGAAAAACCAUUUAACUGUUUAGUUUGUGGGAAAAGCUUUUCCCAGAAGAACAGUUUAACGGAACACAUAAGAACACACACAGGAGAAAAACCAUUUAAUUGCUCAGUUUGUUGUAAAAGCUUUAUUAAAAAGUGUAGUUUGGUUCGACACAAGAGAACACACAUUGGAGAAGAUGCAUUUCGUCGUUCAGUUUGUGGUAAGAGCUUUUCUCCCAAAAAUAAUUUGACUCAACACAUAAGAACACACACGGGAGAAUAAUCAAUUAGCUGUUUAAUGUUGUAUGUUGCUCAUAUAUUGCCACAUUUUCCCAAACCCAGGACCUCCUCAAAAUAAGUUCACUGCUUACAAAUAUGUGAAGGCUUCAUACAAAGUAGAAUUGAUUAUCUGGAGCAUAAUCUUACCUCCUCAUGACCCCAUGUCUUCCGCGUGUAUGAAACGUCCCUGAAUAGCAAGAUAGAUGAUGCUUGUAGUGCUUGGUUACUCCGUCUUCAGAUUACACAGACCCGAGGAAUUGUGUCUUCUUCGGUGAUGCUUUCACCGCCUCCAGAACGCCUGACUUUGAACGCCAACAACAUGAAUCGAUCUGCCUGAAACUACACCUUCCAGGUCACCUGGUGUUCAUGUUUUGUGUCUACAGACCACCAUCAGAUGAUGCCUCGGUGUACACAGAAUCUCUCCAACUUGCAGUCCAAAAGCAGCCAAGUUCUCUCAACCAUGAAAAUCUGUCCCAAAAAUGUUCUUCUGGCACUUCAAAGACUAAUGGCCCUGAUGGGAUCUCAGCAACUGUACAUAAAAACGGUGUGCUGGAGAUCGUGGAUACAAAGACAGUUCAAUCCUUCUGGAUAUGUGCCCAUAUGAUUGAUAGAUGUACCUAAGCAAGGAAAAUAGCAAGAUCUGUUGAACUAUAAGCCAACAUCCCUGCUACCUAUUAUAUCCAAAGCAUAAUAUGCGACCACAUUCACAAACACCUCAACAAACAUCAAAUUUAAUCUGAUAACAAGUACUGACUCUGUGAGAAUUGAUCUACAAUUGACAUGUUUUCUUACGUCACCCAGUGGUGGAACAAUGCUCUCAACACGCAACAAAAAUUGGAGUACUUGUCUUAGAUAUAAAUAAAGUUUUUGAUCGUGUAAGGCACUGUGGCCUCCUGACAAGACUGACCUCAUUUGGUAUCCAAAGAGACCGACAUGGUAAGGUAUCAUCUUUCUUAACAGACUUCAGUCUGUCCUACUGGAUGGUUCCACUUCUUUAGCACUGCCCCCUCUCUGCUGGUGGAUCACAUCCUUAGUUUUGUGUUUGUUUAAAGGGGAACAUUAUCACAAUUUCAGAAGGGUUAAAACCAUUAAAAAUCAGUUCCCAGUGGCUUAUUUUAUUU